AUGUAUAUAACAAUUUAUCAUUUACAAAUAUUUGUUAUUAUUUCAUAUUUGGCUUUAACAUUGGGAGUUUUAAUUGUUAAAUUUGUUAAACCGUUGAAUAAACUAUUGGACUAUGGCAAAAAUGCAGAUUUGAAGACCAAUUCUUCACCAUCAUCACCUUCAUCAGAAAUAGUUCAAUUUAUAGCUGAUAAUGCAGUUGUUCAAAAGCUGUGGUUUACUCAUUUUUAUAUUUGUUUAUUUACUUUAUCUACUGCUACUUAUUUUCAGGAAUGUCAUAAAUCGAUGUUGGGGUUAAAUGAUUCAGCUACUUAUAAAAAUUUACAAAUUAUUAACAAACUACUAUUGGCUCAAGGUUCAAGAAGAAUGUUUGAAAGCUUUUUUGUUACUAAAUUUUCACCAACUUCUAAAAUGAAUGUAAGUCAUUAUCUAGUUGGUAUGGCUCAUUAUGUAUUGAUCUCAACAGCUACAUACCUGGGGUUGGAAGGUAAUUGUGGAACAAGUGCUGCAUUAACUAUAGUUGAUUAUAUAUUAAUGGCGUUUUUUGGAAUUGCUUCAGUUCAACAAUUUGUUACUCAUUAUCAAUUAGCUAAUUUACAAAAAUAUUCGUUACCUAACUUUAAGUAUUCCUCAUCACCACAUUAUACUUAUGAAGUUAUAAUUUAUACAAUUUUGAUGUUAUUUAGUCUCAAAAAUGGGUUCAAUACUGUUUCAUUCAUGUUUAUAGCUGGAUGGCUAUUUGUGAUUACUAAUUUAUCAAUUACUGCUUUGGAAACCUACAACUAUUACCACUUGAAAUAUAAAGAGGACUUUAAAAUUCAAUGGGCUAUAUUCCCUGGGAUUCUAUGA